UUUGAGAAAAAGUGAGAAUCAGAGGCCAUUCUUCUUCAGGAUUAAACCACAUUUCUUUCUAAAGUAUAAAAAAAGAAAAAAAAUCUACACUUUUUAAUAUUCCUUUGGAAUUGGGUUUGGAGGCACCCCAAUUCCCACACCCAUUUGAAUUUGUGCCUCUCAAUCUCUCAAACCUAUCUAACAAAAACUUACUUCAUUUCCACUGUUUCUUCAAGAUGUUAGGCGAUUUCAUCAACCGAAUCCUUAUACUCCUUCUGGGGUAUGCAUACCCUGGAUUUGAAUGCUACAAAACUGUGGAGAAAAAUAGGAUAGACAUGGAGGAACUUCGCUUCUGGUGUAAAUAUUGGAUCAUUGUGGCACUUUUCACUGUAUUGGAAAAGUUUCCAGACAUAUUUUUUGGCUGGCUGCCAUUGUAUGGAGAGAUGAAGCUGGUGUUCUUCGUCUGGUUGUGGUAUCCCAAAACUAAAGGAACAGGAUACAUUUAUGAGACAUUUUUGAAGCCAUAUGUAUCAAAGCAUGAGAAUGACAUUGACAGAAAAAUAAUGGAGUGGAAGGCAAGAGGAUGGGAUUAUGUCAUAUUUUAUUGGCAAUUUGUUGCAAAAUAUGGCCAAACUGCAUUUCUUCAAGCUCUUAAUCAAAUGGCUUCUCAAUCUCAUAAAUUUUCAGCAAACCCUAAUUCAGAGGUAAAGUCUAGAGUUGAUUGAAUUAGGACCCUUCUUUCUUCUUACUACCUCAUUCUCUCUCAUUCUAUAAGAUAUAAAAUAUAUAAUAUAUAUACAUGUCAUUAGAAAUAAUGUUAGUUCUCAACUGAGUGAUUAUGUGUAUGUAUCCAUAAUCCCACACUAAUAUAUAUUUAUCUCAUAUAAACUCAGAUCAAAUAUUUUAUUAG